CUGGGGUCACGACCCAUCAUGGCGGCGGAAGAGGCGGAUGUGGAUAUCGAAGGGGACGUGGUGCCAGCGGCUUCCCAGUCCGGAAGCGAUGAGACUACAGCAUCUGUUUUACAAGACCAUUAUCUUGACUCAUCAUGGCGAACUGAGAAUUGCCUAAUUCCUUGGACCCUGGAUAACACCAUCAGUGAAGAGAACAGAGCUGUCAUUGAGAAAAUGUUACUGGAAGAAGAAUAUUAUUUAUCUAAAAAAUCACUUCCAGAGAAAUUCUGGCUUGAUCAAAAAGAAGAUGAGAAGAAAUAUACAAAAAGGGUACACUCUCCUACAAAACCAGCCAGUCACUCAGUAAAGUGGACGAUAGAAGAAAAAGAACUGUUUGAACAAGGGCUGGCUAAAUUUGGCCGAAGGUGGACCAAAAUUGCCAAACUAAUUGGAAGUCGUACUGUUUUGCAAGUGAAGAGUUAUGCCAGACAGUACUUUAAAAAUAAGGUAAAAUUAGAUGGCCCAGAGGAAGAAGCGUCAAAUAGAGAGAACAGCAGUGACCUUCAGGUUAAAAAUGAAAUUGAAGGCACCAAGACCCGCACUCCCUCAGAUUUAUGGGGCCGUGCUGAUCCCAACUUAAAUGCUGUAAGAAUUGAAAAGUUGUCUGAUGAUGAAGAAGUAGACAUCACAGAUGAGUCAGAUGACACGACCUCUCAAGCACCCCAAACAAAUCCUAAGAGCACUCUCCUCUUAAACAUUCCUGAUAAGCAGACACACAAAACGAGUCAAGAAAAAGAAUCUUCUACUUUGGGCAGCCAGGAAGACCCUGUUUCUAACUCUUCCAAGGAAUAUCUUCAGAAUAUAAGACAUAGUGAAAUGGAAACACUUUCAUGUUCAGGAAUUACAUUUUGUAAUGAAAAACAGUAUACCCCUGGUGAAAAAUCGGUUGAGUUAAUUGAUCAGAAAUGUAAUAAAUUGGUUAAAACUUGUGACGAGCAUGAUGGAAAUGGAAUAGUAAGUGAUGUGGGGCAUUUGCCUUCUCCAGAGCCCAGUGAAGGUCAGAAAGAUUCGAGGGAUAGUGAAAUAGUUUUCCAUUCAUCCUACCAAGUGGACGGGGAGAACCAUGAGGAAGAAGAGCUGAAGCCACCAGAACAAGAAGUAGAAGUAGAUAGAAAUAUCAUUCAAGAGGAAGAAAAGCAAGCAAUUCCUGAGUUUUUUGAAGGCCGCCAAGCUAAAACACCAGAACGUUAUUUGAAAAUUAGGAAUUACAUUUUGGAUCAGUGGGCAAUAUGCAAACCAAAAUACUUAAAUAAGACCUCAGUACGUCCUGGCCUGAAGAACUGUGGGGACGUUAAUUGUAUUGGACGGAUCCAUACAUACCUGGAGUUGAUAGGAGCAAUCAAUUUUGGAUGUGAACAGGCCAUAUAUAACAAGCCGCAGCCAGUUGAUAAAGCUCGAAGCAGAGAUAGGAAAGAUGCGGUGGAGGCAUACCAGCUUGCCCAGCGCCUGCAGUCUGUGCGCACAAGGAGACGGAGGGUCAGAGACCCAUGGGGAAAUUGGUGUGAUGCAAAGGAUUUAGAAGGACAAACUUUUGAGCAUCUCUCUGCUGAGGAGUUGGCAAGAAGAAAAGAGGAGGAAAAAAGCAAACCCAUUAAGUCUUCCAAAGUGCCCAGGCCAACAAAAAGCUCAUUUGAUCCCUUCCAGCUGAUACCUUGUAAUUUUUUCAGUGAAGAAAAGCAGGAGCCAUUUCAGGUGAAAGUGGCUUCAGAAGCACUUUUAAUAAUGGAUUUGCACGCUCAUGUUUCUAUGGCAGAAGUGAUUGGUCUGUUAGGAGGAAGAUAUUCAGAAGUUAAUAAAAUAGUUGAAGUUUGCGCAGCAGAACCUUGCAACAGUCUGAGUACAGGACUGCAGUGUGAGAUGGAUCCUGUCUCGCAAACACAGGCCUCGGAAACCUUGGCUCUAAGGGGAUAUAGUGUCAUUGGGUGGUACCAUUCUCAUCCUGCCUUUGACCCUAACCCUUCCUUACGAGAUAUUGACACUCAAGCCAAAUACCAGGGUUACUUUUCCAGAGGUGGUGCAAAGUUUAUCGGAAUGAUUAUUAGUCCUUACAAUCGAAAUAAUCCUUUACCUUAUUCUCAAAUUACCUGCUUGGUCAUCAGUGAUGAAAUUAGCCCAGAUGGCUCUUACCGUCUACCUUACAAAUUUGAAGUGCAACAGAUGUUAGAAGAGCCGCAGUGGGGAUUAGUGUUUGAAAAGACGAGAUGGAUAAUAGAAAAAUACAGGCUUUCCCACAGCAGUGUCCCAAUGGAUAAAAUCUUUCGCCGGGAUUCUGACCUGACUUGUUUGCAGAAACUUUUGGAGUGCCUAAGGAAAACUCUGAGCAAAGUGACCAAUUCUUUCAUUGCUGAAGAAUUCUUGACUCAAAUAGAAAGUUUGUUUCUUUCAAAUUACAAAAGCAAGCAAGAAAAUGGAGUGGUAGAAGAGAACUGUCCUAUGGGUGCAAAGGAAUGAUUCAGUGAUGAUGAUGAUGAUGUAAGACAUUUAAUCCGGACACCAGAGAUUCUACUUUCCAAGUUGCAGUCUUGAAAAGACUGUACUUUAGUUAACAGUGGCAUAGCCUUGCUGUUCUCCAGUUCACAGAAUCCCAGUCUUGUCACGUGAAUCCUAUGAAAGGAAAGCAGUCAGGAUUUGUUUUCCUAGUAAUCCCCCAAGUGUCCUAUAACUUUGCUGGCACCAGGCUCUGGGCCGAUCACACGGGAAAGCAGUGCAGUGGGCUCAGAGGGCUGUCUGCCCUGCCAGAUACGUGCCAUGUGGCUAGGAUUAUGGAUUAUUUCUCCCUCGGCUGGUAGUCCCAUUUUUGUUAUCUUGUGUCUUCCUAGGGAAAUUUAACGUUCUUUCUCUGUGCUUUGGUGAGAUCUGUUUAUGGUACAAAUGAGACGUGGGCCGGUGGUCACUGAGAUGUUGCAUGUGGUUGAGAACUGCUGGUUUGAUAAAUCUUAACAACAUGCUGCGGAGGGCCAAGCCCAGCAGAAGGCGAAGACCUUAAAACUAGAAAAGAAACCCAGAUGAGAAUGAAAUUGCUGGUUUGUAAAUCAUGAGCAUUUGCUUGCGUUUUAUUUAAUUAAUAAUAAUGCUACUCCAAGAAAGACCGUUUUCCUGCCGUGCUUGUGGCUGACCCUGGUUCAGCCCCCCUGCACCACUCACAGAUCUCCUGACUCUGACAGGAGUGAUCCCUGAGCACAGAGCCAGGAGUCAGCCCAGAGCACCGCCAGGUGUGGCUCCCCCAGUAAAGAUAGGCCAUUUUCUCAGCUAUUUGAUGAAUUUUGUACAGACUUUGGUACAUAAAAUAAUUAACUUCAUUUAGUCUAUUCAGAUUAAUAUUGUGAUAAAACCUCAUUUAAAUGUAAAGUAUGUAAUCUUAACCUUUUAACUAGAUUUUUUUCCCUAUGCCUAUUAUCAUAUGUAAAGCAAGUUAUUUCAAAACUUGAAUGAAUUAAGUAUUUAAUUUUAAAAAUAAAAAAUGUUCCAGGGCAUAUUAGCUACUCAGCUAAAUUUCAGUACCUGCUGAAUUCAGAAGAGGUCCACAGCUUCCUUAUCUGAAGGGCCAGUGAAUUAGUAACGUAGGCUUCGCACGCCACACCUAAGGCCUUGCUUGCUUGCCUUUUGCUUACAGCCUACCCUGGUUUGAUCCCCAUCACUGCCGGGGCCAUCCCUGAGCCUGGAGCUAGCAGUAAGCCCUUAGCAUCACCAGAUAUGGGUCGUCGCCCCCAAACAGAACAAAGCAAAUGCAAGCAAACAAAAAAGGCAGUCUCAAAUGUUCUUUAUAUUUUUAUACAACCUUUUAAAAAUGUUAAAAAUGAAAAAUAUACCCGUGGCAGGGGUGGGGUGGCAUGGGGGUGGCGCUUAUAUCUUCCUCGGGACUGGUGCUCAGAGUCAUUGCCAGCAGCCCUUGGGGGAACCCUGCCGUGUGGGAGAUGGGAAUCGUACGCUCCGCCCAGCACAACCUUCCGACCUCACCCAUAGGUGCGGGUCCUUGUCUUCCAGCCCUGCUCUCGGGGAUGCAGCCAUUUACAUUUUUUUUGCCUGCUCUGUGAAUUGAGACACUGAACGUUUUUGCGUUCUCUUUAAACAAUAAGAUUCAGAGUUAUGCUCUAUAUUUAAGUAUGUUUUCAAUUAAUUUACUGCCUGAUUUGAGUAGAUUUUUAGUUCAUUUCUAUUAAUCAUAGAAUUGAUUGAUACCUAUAUUGCUAAAUAGUCUUAUUCAUGAUUUGAGGGGGUGGGGUUAUAGUUUUUUUAGUGUGGGGGGGUGUUUAGGCCACACCCAGCAGUGCUCAGGGCUGGAAGCGCUUGGGGAACCAUCUGUGGUGCCAGGGAUUACACUUGAGUCAGAUGCAUGCAAGAGAAGUGCCUUUUCCUCUGGACUCUCUCUCUGGUCCUAAUAAUUACUCGAUUAUAUUGGAACUGAAUGUGACUUUGUGUGAGGGUUUUGUUGUUGUUCCUUUCUGGUUUUAGUCAACAUCCUUGGAAGAGUUAGACCUGUUAGGAGUGCCAAGCCAGCUUCAGGUGACCUUAGUUUUUGCCUUCACGUUAUGGUUUUGGAGGGACAUAAUUUACCAUCACUGGGUAUACAUUCUUUUUGUGUUGGUUUGGGCUUUUGGGGCCACACCCGGCAGUGCUUAGGGCUUCCUCCGGGCUGGGCCCCGGACCAUAUGGAGGGCUGGGGGUUGAGCCUCAUUGGCCAUGUGAAAGGAAAUGCACUACCCACUGUGCUGUCACUCUGCCCCUUUUUAGGUGGGGGCCGGGGGUCUCGAUUAUUAUGUGACUAAGUCUGAAUAAUCUGCGGAGAUUGUUCACACAGAAGUUAGUGUCUUGAAAGUGUUUCCUCCCUGCAGAAUGUCCGACUCUCUAGAGGACACACUAGUGAGACAUUCCUUCGUGCUCCUCGUUGUACAGAUACUAGAGAGUGGCAUCAGUUUGCUCUUUCGAUUGGCAUUUCCCGGUGAUAAUGAAUCGUGGCCAUAGAAAAUAGAGUUUAUUCACAGUUCUGUCCUCUUGCCAGGCCUUUCAGCGUGCCAGUGGUUACUGUGUUUCCUCACCUAAGCCAUGCUAGAAGGAACUCAAAGAUGGUCAUCUGCAGAGGUUAGGGCUUUGAAAGCACAAUGUUUUAAAUGUUUUUUUCUUUCUGAUGAGCCAUUUCUCUUAUGAGAAAGAUAACUUUUAAAGCAUAAAAAUUAUCUCUCAUACUGCACUGCACUGCCAUCCUGUUGUUCAUUGAUUUGCUUGAGUGGGCACCAGUAACAUCUCCAUUGUGAGGUCACAUUAAGACCAUCUCCAAAGGUCUUAAUGUGACCUCAUGAAAUGUGUAAGGAGCUAGAGGCCUUUGCUUUAGGUCCUCUGACGCUGGCUCCUCUUCUUUCCUUGUGACUUCCAGCUGAGAUCAGUUUGGCGAUGAAUCAGAGCUGGAAUUUGAAGGGUUGUGAAUCUCUAGAGGUCUGAGAUCCAAAUCAGGUGGUUGAAUUCUGCUUCUGAUGAGACGUAAAGGGAUCCAAAGUUUCUUAGUGGGGUUGUCAUCUGUGAGACAAUAGCAUAGCCUUUUCCUCGAAUGAGGAGUUUUCCUGCUACAUUCAGUCGAGAAAAUACCUCUUUUUUGUAUUUGAUUUAACAUUCCAUAUGUCCACUGAAAAUGCAGAGGUGGUGGGCUUAAAGCCGCAGUGUACUGAAAAGGGGUUGUAGUAACUGUAUUGGGGCAGGAAAUAUCCAAGACUGCGCUUCCUGCCAUCACUGGCUGCAGCGAUUAUACUGAUUGGAGUUCUGAAACUCCACAUUGGGGAAUGGGGCUGCAACUGAGAACAUCCCCUGAUUUGGCGAGGCCUGAGGCUGUCCCCCUUGCAGGUUUCCCGAAUUGGGGUUACCCACUGCAUCAAAAUUAAAGCGACAAUCUCUGGCCCAAUGAUUUCCUCUCUUACACCGGGGACAGGGCCCGGGAGGUGCAAGUCUGGCUCUGCAGUCUCUGGCCCGGUGGUUUCCCUUCUUACACCUGGGACAGGGCCCAGGAGGUGUUCUCACAGUAGCACUGUCUGGAGGUGCCCUGUAAUCUUUACGAAAGUGGUCUAGUGGCGCAUAUGCUGCCUGAGCCCAUGUGCUGCUUGUGCCAUGUGGCCGAGCACAUGUGUCGCCCGCAUCUCCCCCCUUGAGAUGUGUACUUUCAUGCUUUCGUGUCCAGUGCUAUGUGUGUAGAGCUCUCUCCAUCUUUGGAGGAGCCCGAGUUCUUUCUUGAGCGCGUUACUCCUACUGGUUUUCCUUUUCCACUUAUUCCUUCCUCCUUCGCUAAGACCUUCUAAAUAAAGUCUGUUACUUCACAAAAAAAAAAAAAAAAAAAAAAAAAAAGUGGUCUAGUCCUCCACGAUUAAAAUAUCCUUUCUGAGCUUGUCUCUGUACUGUACCGGUCUCAACAGUCCUAGCCUGCACUUUAGGUCUAACAGAACCAACAUUCCUGCAUGUGUCCAAGUACCCCAUUAUGUCUUCCUUCUCCUUUAGAGGGCGCAGAAUGGCCUGGCAAUCCUCAUUAGCAUUUUCAAAGGCCAAUUGUUUAGUCAACAGCUCAUGAGUCUCCUUACCUGCAUUUCUAUGGCUUCCAUCAAUCUUCCUAUAAAGUCUGCAUAAGGUUCUGAGGCUCUCUGGACAAUCUUUGUAAAGCUACCUUUAAAUUCCGCAUCUGCAUCAAUCUUCUCCCACGCACGCAGGGCUACACUACGGACAUGAGCAAGAACAGCACGAGGCAAGGUGACUUGCCUUUCAGGAUGGCGCCAUUUUCCUUCACCAAUUAACAUCUUAUGAGUCAAUUUAAUCCCUGAAAAGUUUCGCUCAGCAUGGCCUAGGCCUUCAAACUCUGCCUUGGCCUCCUUACUGAGCCACAUUCUCCACUGCAAGUACUGAGAAGGGCUUAAGCACGUCUUAGCAACCAUGUGAAAAUCUUGAGGUGCCCAGUAGGCCUUUUUACUCCAGUCUGUAAGAUACUCUCUACAGUACGGAGAUGUAGGCCCAUAUGAGACACAGGCCUGUUUGAAACGACUGAGAGAAUCCAUCCUUAACCUGCAAAAAGAUGGAGGCCACUGCCUCUCUGCCUUGACUGGGCGAUUGGGAGCACGUCCCAAGCGGCCUGGAGGCCGAUUGGCUGAGUCACUCUCGGACUCAGAAUUUGAGAAGGCAGCAGCAGACUCAUAAUCUGCAUCACUUUCAUCUAAUGCACUGGACGUGGAGCUAUAUUCAUCAGUCUGAAAAAUAUUUAUACUAUGACUACCUUUUCAAGGCUUAGGUGUGGGAGGACCUGAGGCCGUAUUAUUCCUAAUGUUCUCCACAUCAAUUGCACUAUUCAAAAACAGGAGAAUAGAAUUAACAAUCUCCCAUGUAGUCCAGAAUUUCCAGGGGAUCUCAGUCCCUUUCUUAGAUGCCUUAUAGACAUUUUUCCUAACUUGUCUCCAUAUCUUGCUAUCUAGAGUUCCUUCGUCUGGGAACCAUGGGUUAACCUCAUAAACUACUUUAAGGCAGGACCGGAGUUGGUCUCUGGAAAUGUAGAGUUCCGGGUCUCCUAUUCUGCGGGAGAGAGACUGAAUCAAAUUCAUAAAUGACUUGCCCUCUUCAGUCCGGCUCGAGAAAAUAUGAAACAUCUUGAGAAGGCCAAGAAUCUGCCCCAUUUUAUUGGGGGAUUGCUGUUUGGAUUCUAAUCCGAAGCACACAAAAAAAUCCUGAUCUCCCGCUCACUUUCUAGAGUGGGGUGCACCGAACGUUUAUUCUUACCUUUAGUUGAUAGUUUGUGCCCACCCAGGGACGCCAGCUGUAAAAAAACACGCAACCCGGAGAUUCUUGCAGCGAUUUAUUCAGAGACCUUCUCAUGCAAAACGGAAAAGAACAGGGACGAAUGAGAAGAAACCACCUAGCUAGGCAGCUUCCCUCCUUAUACACCCCUCGCUGCUUGCUUACGACCAAGUGUCUGCAGCUGAUAGACUAGUUACAGCUCGUGGCGUGACAAGACAUCCUGAUUCCUUAUCAGGUGUUAUCUACAAAGCACGGUGUAAUUAACAAGAAACAGGUGUCCACGAAGCACGGUCCCGUGGCGGCUCUCCACAAGUUUGCUCUUUUGAUUGGCAUUUCCCGGUGAUAAUGAAUCGUGGCCAUAGAAAAUAGAGUUUAUUCACAGUUCUGUCCUCUUGCCCAGGCCUUUCAGCGUGCCAGUGGUUACUGUGUUUCCUCACCUAAGCCAUGCUAGAAGGAACUCAAAGAUGGUCAUCUGCAGAGGUUAGGGCUUUGAAAGCACAAUGUUUUAAAUGUUUUUUUUCUUUCUGAUGAGCCAUUUCUCUUAUGAGAAAGAUAACUUUUGAAGCAUAAAAAUUAUCUCAUACUGCACUGCACUGCUAUCCUGUUGUUCAUUGAUUUGCUUGAGUGGGCACAGUAACAUCUCCAUUGUGAGACUUGUUGUUAAAUGUCUGGCAUAUCGAAUGCACCACAGGUAGCUUGCCAGGCUCUGCAGUGCGGACGGGAUACUCUCAGUAGCUUGCUGGGCUCUCCGAGAAGGACAAAGGAAUCAAACCCGGGUCAGCCGAGUGCAAGGCAAAACGCCCUACCCACUGUGCUAUUGCUCCAGUCUGUCAUACUAUCUAAAUAAUUAAUAUUUUUUAGUAAAGCCUUCAUCAUCUUCACGGCUUUUAAAACCUUAAAAUUGACAACCUUUCCCUCCCUCAUUCCUUCUCCCUACUUCUUUUUUCUCUCCUCCGUUACUCUUAAAAUACUUCAUCUUUGCCAUUGCAGGUCCCACAUUUCCUGUCACUGCCAACCUUAGACUUUUUGAGGGUCAUUGCAGCCAGGGUCUUGGAGAAGUACAGAAGGAAUCUCCAGCCACAAGCGGCAGAAUCAUAGACCGUUCCGAGGGUAGGGCCUCUGAGAACCUCUGCUCUGUUUACACAAGUGGACAUGGGGCUGGAAAAGGCCUAAACUUCGCUCAGACUCUUGCCAGUGACUAUAAAAUACGAGCUGUUACACUUGACUAAUGAAAACUGACACAGUGCUUUACUAGUAUUAGACUUUCUUUAAAAAUCUAGUCCUAAAGUAAUAAUCAAAAAAAAGAAAAAGCACAUCAGAAACAAGGAAGCCUUCUCCACGUCAUUAUUUUGGCCAUCAGCCUUUACUCAUUGCUGCAGUGAGACUUUCAUGGGCCUUGAAAAACGGUCUUGGAGACCCCUUCUACCUUAAAAAAAAAAAAAUUACAAUCACAUUUCUAUUAGAGUCAUAUUCAUUUUUCUUUGAUCCAAAGUCCUUUUAGUCUGAAAGAAAUGAAAACACAUUUGUGAGCCCGAGGCACUGUGCCUGAUUCAUAAUCAGGCCCGCCAGAACUGCCAGCAUCAACAGGAAAACCUGAGCCACUCUCCUCUCCCCGCAGAACUGGCCUCCCUGCCCCGGCGUCGUGUCUGCUCAGCCAGGCAGUGCCGUCCCCCUCGCAUCCAUGCCACAGGCUUGGACUUCAUUUGUUGAUCUUGCCCGAAUCCAGAAUUUUGUUCGGGAUCAUUUAUCUUAAAAUGAAAAAUAAAAAAAGUAGAGAAGGGGCUGGAGUGAUAGCACAGCGGGUAGGGCGUUUACCUUGCACUCGACCAACCCGGGUUCGAACCCUGGCAUCCCAUAGGGUCCCCUGAGCACCGCCAGGAGUAAUUCCUGAGUGCAUGAGCCAGGAGUAACCCCUGUGCAUUCACCAGGUGUCACCCAAAAAGGAAAAGGAAAAAAAAAGGUAGAGAAGGGCCUGGAGUGAUAGUACAACAGAUAGCACCCAUGUGUUCAACAGUCCGGGCACCACUGCCAGGAGUGCUCCCCAAGCACAGAGCCAGUAGUAAGCUCUGAGCGCUGACAAACAGCCCAAAAUACAAAACACAAAAAGGAAAAAAAGGGGGCCCGGGGGUUGGGGCCGGGUGGGGGGCAGUGGUGUUUAAAGGCAGUGAUGAGUUUUUGUUUUCGGGUAGAUAGUUUUCUUCUGGUCCUUAGCAGUUUUCACAAACACUUACAUAUCCUGUCCUCCUGCACAUACGUGUCCUACCGUCUUUCUUUUCUUUCUCUCAGUCCCUUCCCUCAUUUUCACUUUCUCUACUGCUUUUCUCUCAGCAAGAUCGUUCUGUCCUUUGUUGAGCGCUGGGCCUGGAGGAGAGAGAAUUCCCCUGUUCCUGUUUCCCCGAAGGGCGCAGUGCUGCCCCAGCCUCGGUAGCUCUCUGGCCUUCGUCUACCCUCUUCCUGUUUACCUCGCUGGCUCCUGGCAGGGGGAGCCGGAGAUCUGGAGGGACUCACACAGGCCCCCAGAGGGUUUCUUGAUGCUGAGUCCAGCACCCACCGGAGCGGACGACACUGUCCUGUAGCUUCCUGUCCGGGCUCCUCCUCCGAGAUGGGUGCAGGCAGUAAGCGGGGAGGCCCUGCUUGCUCUGGUUUCACCUGCACCCCGAGCAGGAGCGGGAGAGCAGCGCUGAGGUCAUCCAUUCAAUUUCGGAAAAUUUACUUCUCCCCAACAGAAGCAGAUUUUAUCAAAAUUGAUAGAGGCACCAAUUUUUUCAUAAUUUGUUUCGUCAGAAUGUUUAGAGAGAUCAGCUUUGUGUCUCCAGUUUACAGGUUUAAUGGUUUGUUUGCUUACAGCAUUUUAAUUAAUACCAUAUAUUACAAUACUUCCCAAAAAAAUCAUUGUGGAGAAUAAUGGUAAUUUCUGUUCCUUUGUCUUGUUUCUCUGUACAUCACAGACGAGUGAGAUCAUCUGGCACUUGUCCUUCUUUGAUUUACUUUGCGUGUUAACAGGAUACCCUCCAGAUCCGUCCAGAUUGCAGCCCUCUAUAGAGUUAAUGUUUCCUUAUGGCUGCAUAGUAUUCCAUUCCAUUUUUACUUCAGCUUCUAAAACUCUUACCCACUCUUAGUGGGAAUGUUGCCGGGUUCAGCCUCUGUGGAAAAUCUAAGAAAUCUCCAAAGUAAGAAUAGAGCUACCAUUUGACACGGCUCUCCCCAGCACACAAAAGAAUUCAUUCAAAAUGAUGCGUGCCUACCUGUAUUCAUUGCAGCGCUGAGUACAGUAGCCACGAUAUGGAAGUGAACCUUAUUCCUUGACAUUUUCUUAAAUGGUUUUAUGUAUCUUUUUUCCCCAUACCCUCUUUUCUCUGUUUUAUUACUUAACCUGUAAUUUGUGCACUUUGGUAUUCUCUAAAUCUAUUUUUUUAACCACCUUAAAUCCUUUCUGGAACAAGGCAGAAUAUGUUAUAUUUCUAAACCAGGAGAAAAAUUAAAAUAUCCCAGAGAAGCUGUAAUUAUGCCAGGACCCCGAUACUAAACUAAAUUUGAGAAGGUAAAAUUAACUCAUAGUAUCUGGGAUGUUUUUAUUUUCCUCUUUUGGUGUUUAUGAAUAUAUUCAUAAGAACUAUGAUUUCAGGGAACUGUGCCUGAUUUGCUAUCUUUUGAGUUUUCUCAGAAUAGCCUUAUUUGGGAUUAUGAAUUCAAUUAAAUAUGAUUUCACAGUCAUAUUUUUAUUUCAUAGGUUACCAUGUUUCAACCUAUGGAUUGUAAAAUAAUAUUUAGAUUUUAGCAUGAUUUAAAUAGAUUGAUCAUAUCUCUUUACAUUUGUGAAUUGACAUGUAAAUUCUGUAUAAUGUAAGCUUACCAUGAUUUAUAAACUUGUUGCUGUUCUUUUCCUCAAAUAUCAGUGUUUAUAAAUUUCUUUUAUCUGAAUUUUGGAAUGUUCUGAAUAAAACACAGAAUAAACUUCUUUGGUACUUUUAAAUGUGAUGCCAUGUUACAUAUAUUAAAGAAUAUUGUAAAUAUUAAUAUUAAUGUUUGUACAAUUAUGAAAGUUUUUCCUCAAAAUAACUUACAUACUUAACUGAUGCAUUAUAAAAUAUUUGAUUUUAAGCUUUGGGAUUUUAUCUGGUAAAAAAUUAGAGAAUGUGGUCUCAUUCUGAAGGUUCUAUUAUGAAUAAAAUUUUUCAAAUAAA